CCUCUCUCCCCCUCUCUCCCCCAGCUCGAGAGUCCUUUAAAAACCCUGGUUUCUUUCAGUCCGGUCGAUUCCUUCCACUGCCUCUUUCUUUCAUUCUUUAAAGAAUAAUCCCUAGGAGAUGUUCACCGAAGGGCUGGACGAGAAGGCAAUCAACUGGAUCAACCAGGGAUCUGAUGCUGAUCCACAGCCUCGUUCUCCUCUGAUAGAGAAAUAUCCCCUGGAUUCGGUGUCGAAUCAACCCUUGAUAUACAAAAGCAAUAACUUUUUAUCACCAAAAGUUUUGCCACCAGUAAAAUUCCAUUCUGGUUUGCUAGGGCCUCGCCCUGACUUAUGUGAUUCAGAAGAUGAUGAGAGUGUGGCUUCCGUUCCAGAAGACUCCUAUGUGAAUUAUUCCGACACUUUUGAGGAGGAUGGUUUAGCCUCUAGUGACUCUGACCUGUUUGAGAAGCCAAAGAACCAAAGUUAUGAGGACGAGAUCGAUUCCAGUGUAGUAUUGAGCCACGAGCUGACAAGAGGAUCAGACAGCACACUUCAGAGAACAUUGCUGCGUGGACUUUCCAAGGAGAAUUUGAGAGUUGAAGUGGAAAGACAUGUCACAUGUACUUAUGGUGCUAGGAGGAUUGCUGAUAGAAGUUCCAUCUCAGGUGAUAUCGCUCAUAAUCAUGAGCAAGAUGGGUUCCCCAGUUCACAUGAUUAUCCUUUUAAAGAAUCUACGGUGCAGAGGUUUCAAGAAGUAGGAACACCCAGUGCACCUCCCAUUGAGGGACAUGGAGGAGGAGGAAGUAACACAGAUAUAGAGGUUGGAACAAAGUUGAAUUUUGAGAGCAUUGAGGUCCGACCAGAUCUGGGAACAGAGUCGCAGAAAGUUGAUGAGGUGCCCGCAAGAUCCAUUUCUGGAGAGAGGGAUGUGCAGAUGCCUUCUUGGCAAACAAAUUUGGCUGCUCAGAUACCAAGCUACACUACCAGUGUUCGGAGCGCUUGGCAAACUUUUAUAGCUUACGAUGCAUGCUUCCGGCUGUGUCUCAAUGCAUGGGCAAGGAACUGUAUGGAGGCUCCAGAAUUCCUUCGAGAUGAAUGCAUGGCUCUGCGCAAUGCCUUCGGAUUACAGAAGUAUUUAUUGCAACCUCAUGGUCUAAUUCAGGAGGAAGGAAGGCAUGCUGAUAACAAAGAAGUAACUUGCACUAUGAAAGGGAGGAAGGUGAUCGGACAGAUUGAGGUGGAAGUGAAAAAAAUUCGCAUCAUACCUCAAAGAAAAAAGCUUCGGGCCACGUCUUCUUAUAGAUCUAUAUAUAUGCAAGUCGGAGUUGAAUAUGUUAGACAUGUCUCUACAAUGUUGAAAAGUCACAUUAAUUCAUUGAAAGCAACUUCAUUUCCAGUUUCACCUGAAGAAGUUUUAUCAUGCUUCUUACAGUUGAAAAGCUCCAGUGAAGAUGCACUUGCAGGCUCCAAUUCUCAAGUCUGCUUGAAACCUGGAACUGGUGAUUCUCAUGUCUUUUAUCCAGAGAGUCAAGCAGAUGCUCUUCUGGUAGAGGUCCAGGAUAUCAACACGGUUAAACAGGGCCAUGCAAUAAUUCAAAUGUCAUCGUUGAUCGAUAGUCAUCAGGGAGAAAUAAUAAGGUGGUGGCCAUUAUACCAAGAUGAUCAUGGAUGUGUAGGAAAUGUUCAGCUCUCCAUCUGUAUUUCUGGUCCAUCUGACAAGAUAAGCGGUGCAAAGGGAGGCCCUGUCGUGGAAACAGUCAUAUAUGAUCUAGUAUUGGAGGCAGCAACACGAGCACAGCAUCUUCAUCCAAAAAAUUUGCACAUAAAUGGUGCAUGGAGGUGGCUUUUGAAUGAAUUUGCUGACUAUUAUGGAGUAUCUGAGGCAUAUACAAAGCUAAGGUAUCUUUCAUACAUCAUGAAUAUUGCAACACCAACAAAGGAUUGUCUAGAGCUCAUUUAUGAGCUGCUCUUGCCCAUCAUAAGGGCUCGUGAUGAAAAGAUUCUAACAAGACAAGAGAGAAGCAUAUUAUUAGAUUGUGAAGAACAAAUCAAGAUGCUACUAGCAACCACAUUUGAAAAUUACAAGUCAUUAGAUGACCUCUCGCCUACAGGACUGACAGACAUGUUUGAUCCAAUACUGGAAUCUGCUGCACCAGCUUUAAUUCCUGCUGUGCAAAUAUUUACCCUUCUGCAUGACAUUCUCUCUCACGAAGCUCAAAAUAUACUGAGAAACUAUUUGCAGACUGCAGCUGCAAAGAGAUGUAGGCGACAUAUGGCAGACACUGAUGAGUUCAUGUCAGGCAACUCCGAUGGACUAUACACAGAUUCAGUGACCAUAUCCACAGCUUAUCUCAAAAUGAAAACUUUAUGUAUAAACAUUAGCAAUGAGAUUCAGGCAGAUAUCAAGAUUCACAAUCAGCAUAUACUUCCCAGUUCCAUUGAUCUGCCAAAUAUAGCUGCUUCUCUUUAUAGCAUUGAGCUCUGCAAAAGGCUUAGAGGCUUUCUUUCUGCUUGCCCUCCAGCCAAGCCCUCACCGCAUGUGACAGAACUGUUGAUUGCAGCAGCUGAUUUUGAAAGAAAUCUUGACUCAUGGAAUAUCAGGCCAGUGCAUGGAGGGGUAGUUUCAAAAGAUUUAUUCCAUAACUACAUAAUGGUUUGGAUUCAAGAUGCCCGACUGCACUUUCUUGAACUUUGCAAGGCAGAGAAGGUAGCAUGCUCUGGAAUAUCAACAAUUUGCUCAACAUCACCAUUUGUUGAGACUAUGUAUGAUCAAAUCAAGGAGAGUUUACUUGAGUAUCAGGUGGUAAUCAAUAGGUGGCCUCAAUACUUGCUGAGCUUAGAAAGUGUUGUUGCUGACAUUGAACGGGCAAUUAUGAAAACGCUAGAGAAGCAAUACAAUGAUGUCCUGAUGCCUUUGAAAGAUGGUAUCCCAAAAAUACUUGAAAAGCAAGUGCAAAAGUUGACAAGGCGACACUCUACUGCAGUUUAUCUCGUUCCCAGUCAAUUGGGAACUUUUCUGUGUACCGUGAAAAGAAUACUGGAGAUAUUGCACUGCAGAGUUGAGGAUGUUUUAAAAUCUUGGGCAUUAUUUUUGAGACCUGGUGACGGCAAUCCAAUUUUUGGAGAGCAGAUGAAUGGAAUUACUGUGAUGUUGAGGAAAAAAUACAAGAAAUAUAUGCAAGCCAUCGUGGAGAAGCUUGUCAGCAAUGCGCAAGCUACCCGAAACACGAGGCUUAAGAAAAUUCUUGAAGAAACAAAAGAGGCUGAGGGUGGAGCUGAUAUUCGAGAGAGGAUGCAGGCCCUGUGUUUGCAGAUAACAGAUUCAAUACACAAUCUGCACGACGUCUUUUCCAGCAGGAUUUUUGUAGCAAUUUGCCGUGGUUUUUGGGAUAGAAUGGGACAGAUUGUAUUGAGCUUUCUUGAGAGCCGAAAAGAGAACAAAGUCUGGUACAGAGGAUCUGAUUAUGCUCUGGGGAUUAUAGAUGAUAUCUUUGCUUCAGAAAUGCAGAAAUUGCAAGGGAACUCUCUUCAGGAUAAAGACUUGGAUCCGCCUCGUUCAGUAGUUGAGGCCCGCUCUAUUCUCUGCUGAAAUGCCAGCAUGCGGAGACCAUCUCACUUAGCAGUUGUGAUAAUUUCAGACAGUUAAUUUCUUUGAAAUUUACUUCUAUUUGAUUAGCGGAAGAAGUUGAAACUGAGAGGGAGUAAAGUCUCAUUUUGGGCAUGCUUUAAAGUCGCGCAUAUGAAUUAUGUUUGUAAGUAGUUAUGAAUUUGUGUGGUCAAAGUUAUUAGCAAUUCUUUUUGUAUUACAAUCUGUAAUUCUUUUAUAAAAAUGUUUGUAUAAAAUAAAGAACAUGUAUUUGAGUAUUUCAAAAA